AGUGACUGACUUCCCCCCCCCCCCCCAAGCAGAGCCCCACUGACUGAACCCAAACCCUGCAGCUAGCUACAUUUCCCCGUGUCCCAAGAGGGUUGCAGCUGAGGGGGCAUAGCCCAGGCCGUGUGUAGUGUGCAGAGAUGGCAGGGGUCGUGGGAAAUGGAGCUCAAGUGUCCUACAUUAGUCAAGAUUGCGAAGAAAUUCCAGAAUUUCUAGGAAGAAAAUAUGGAGGUAUUGCAAAAAGGCUAGACCUCAGUUUCAACUUGUUAAGGUCACUAGAAGGACUAAAAACAUUCAGUUGCCUGGAAGAGUUGAUCUUGGACAACAAUCUCCUCGGAAAUGACCUUCGGUUACCCAGGUUACCUCACCUCCAUACCUUAACACUCAACAAGAACCAAAUAACAGAUUUAGAAAGCCUGCUGGAUCACUUGGCUGAUGUGGUGCCCUCCUUGGAAUACCUCAGUUUACUAGGAAACAUGGCUUGCCCAAAUGAACUGGUCAGCAAGGACAAGGAUGAGGAUGACUACCAGAGGUACAGAUAUUUUGUUCUGCACAAAUUAACCACCCUGAAAUUUCUUGAUACUCGGAAAGUAACCAAAUGGGAGCGUGAGGAAGCCUUGUUACGAGGUGCCUUCAUGAAAGUGGUAAAGCCCAUGGAUGCUAAGGCCUCCUCCAGUGACACUGCCUCAGUCUCCCCUGAGACGCACUAUACGCCGCUGCCUUCAGGAUCCAGGGAUCUCACCAAUCACAGAGGUGUUCUGGGAAAAUGUCGCUACAUUUACUAUGGGAAGCAUUCAGAAGGCAACAGAUUCAUUCGAGAUGACCAGCUAUAAAGCACUGUUCCAUGUCUGUUUACACAAUCCACAAAACAUGCACACAAAAAGCACAAAUUGCAUCUACAUUUUCUGCGUGUAACUAAAGUCCUCCAGUACCUUCUGCUGACUUUGCCAAGCCUGUCAAGUUCAUCUUUCUGUCUUAGUCUGAGUAGUCACAUAGAGAUUGACAUGAUUGCCUUUAAGCAGGUCCCAUCCACCAGUGUGACAGACAGCUGCAGCCAAGCACCAGGCCUGACAGGAUGAACACCAUGAUGGAUUGCCUGGUACAAUUGCUGCACACAGAAGAGCAAAGGUCACACCUGGGGCUUCAGUGAGCAUGCUCAGUUCGUUUUAGCAAGAGCAAUGCUUUUAUCUAAAGUUUGCCUGUUGAGUGAGAGAGGCUUGCAAUAUCAAUAUGCUCCUAAAAGCAGUGUCUAUAACUGAAGAUUAAAAAAACCCUUAUCUGUCCUUAUUCUCCCCCUCCCCCUCCCCCCGCAAGAAUUAGGCCCUUAAAUUUAACACACACAAACCUUUUCAGACAGUGUUUAUCGCAAGUCAAACUUCGUAGUUUGCUUUGCUCUGUCUUUAAGGGGGCGGGGGAUAUGUUGUCAGCAAUGUUAUAUGAAAAUACUUUAGAAAUGCACAGCACUGAAUCUGCAUAUUUUUAUUUAAGAAAAAAGGUCUAAGCAAUUUUGCAGAUACAACUGAAGCAAAGCAUCCUAUUUUUUAUUUAAAUCUCAAGUUUUACUACAUCUUAACAUUCAGAAGGGGGGCAUUUUUAACAUUGCAGAGUAUGAGACACAGAGGGCACACUGUUUAACUGUAUAUGCUUGAUUAUGGUAGUGACAGUUGUAUUUAUGCUUGGUUUAUUUGACAAGAUUUUUUUAACAUGUGCAGAGAUUAGAUUUAAAAUUAAACAUUUUGAAAGGAGAGAGCCAAAAACACAACAAAACCCUACUGAGCUUAGAUGAUAUUUAGAGGAAAAUAAGGUACAAUUGUUUGUUUCAUAUCACUAACAUUGUUGGAAUCCACAUAAUUUACAAUCUUGCUAAUAUGUCUUAGUCACCUCCCUAUUGUGGUCAUUAUUAAUCCCCUAUUAAUAUACAUGCAAAUUAUUUAAACAUGGCUUCUUGUCAACUUUUCAGUAACAGCAUGAAAAUCCUUAGCAUUUUACAAGUCUUUUUUAGCAAAUGGGGUGAACAUGUUUGGAGCAAUGACUCAUUUCCUUUGUUACUGUGCUUCACGUUCCCAGGAGGUAAUACAUUGAUGUCAUGGGAUUGACAAAGAGUAUGCAGAGCCUUUCACCUCUAGGCUGCAAUUUCAAAACCAGCCCGUGAUCGUAUUGUCUGAGAGCUGUUACCAUCUGUUGGCUAUUCGUUGGCUUGUAUGAAAUGAGUUGUUGGUCUGUGUUCACUUUCCUAGCAGAUAGGUGACUCUCACAUAACUAAAUACUUACAAGUAGCCCAUAUUUUGGCAAUCUUUAGCAGAUGCUGUCGAUGGAAUGGGACUGGAGACAGAGGUCUUUCUCUGCCAGAGAUAGUUCUGCCAGAAAAUGAUGAGGCACUUUGGCGGAGGAAUGAAGGGAAACUGGCACUGCUAUUGUCCAUGUUAUUUGUCUCUCUUGAUGAAUGGAAGACUUGACUCACCAUGGCUGUCAAUAUGAAACUGCUAACUAGUGUUACAUUUACUUUUACAUUUGAAAAGAAAUUUAAAACACACAGGGCCCAGAUCCUCAGCUGCUAUAAACUGGGGGCAUAGCUCCAUUGACUUUAAUGGAGCUACACAGUUUCCAUCAGCUGUGGAUCUGGCCCCAUAUAUUUUAAAUUCAGAUCUGUCUCUGAGUUGGCUGCUGUACAAAUUGCUGGGAAGUGAGUUGUGGCUACGAUAGCAACUUUGCUGAUAUCUCUUAUUUGGCUAUUAUGGAUAGGAAACCAAAUUCUGAUUAAAAGGCUUCUGAGAUGCAGGAGUUUUGGAGAAUCAGGAGGUUGCUUCUCUUAUGACAUAAAUAAUUAUUAGAUUUCUAACUCAGUUACCAAAAUAACAGCAAGUUGCCAUCCUAGCUCAUUUAUAUCAUAAUAUCUGUUCUGAAUCAUCAACUCAUGUUUUGACCAUAGCAUAUUACAGGCAGCAGGGUGCUAAACAGAGGUGUCUAGAGUAACCUAAAGUCACAUUCAGUCUGGUUGCAUAUAUGUUCUUGUCUCUAUAAAAGGCUUUAAUCCUUCCUCAAACAAUAAAAAACACUUGCAAACUGACCAAAUGAUUUUUCUCUCUUUAUUUUUUUUCCUUAUUUACUUUUUGUAAUGUCAAAACCCUUUGUAUAAUUCUCAGGGAUGUUCUUGAUGCAAAGCUUUGGAGGCAAUAAUAUUUUUGGAAUGAGAUGUGGGCAAAGAUAUUUUUUUAAGUAUUAAAUAAUGUAACAACUUUAAUUAAAGUUAGCUGAAUUAGAACUCAAUAAAAUCCACUAGUUCUGUAUAGUCAUCUGAAUAAUCUGAACUAUUACUUUUUAUGGCUAUAAUGUAUUGGCAUAUUAUUUAAAUACAUGUGGGACUGUUUACUGCUGUCUGUGUUGCACACAUUGCUGUAGCAUGCAAGGUAUUUCAUUCUCAGGUGUGUUGAACUGAAAUACUGUUUCAGGGUGUGGCAAAUGUUUUGGGCCCAGUCCUGCAGUCAUUCCUGAGUCCUUUCUCAGGUAUUGAUACAAAUUGGGCCGGAGUCAGAGCUACAGGACUGGGCUGUAGGUUGUUCACAAGUUCAAAAUGGUAGUAUGUCAAUAUCUUGACAGGAAAGGGAUCUAAGGAGAAAUCUCUCCUCCUCUCCCCUGCCCACCUCAUCCACAUCAAGGUGCUUCCUCCACCUUCGGGGGUGAUUCAGGUUAGGCUAGUCUUAAAAUAUCCUUUUCAUCAGGUCCUCAGUUUCUCCUUGAAGCUGCAUACAUGCACAGCACACACGUUUCCCCUCCUCCUCCUUAGCUGCUGCAGAGGUCCAUGUCCCUGUGACUGAGGGCAGGGAGCAUUUGCUGAAACUUGUGUACAUGAAGGUGCAGAAAAGCUCUUCAGGACAGGGAGAUUUUUUUUUUGUGCUGAGUUUGUACAGCACCUCGUGCAGACAGGUGUUGGCCCAUGACCGGUGCUCCUUAGCACAACCCACAGUACAAAUAGUAAAUAACGAUGGUGUCUGCAUCCUUCUCUUCUUUGUGAUGCUGUCCCUUCCAUGGCCCUCCUUAACCCUCACUGGUCCCAAUCUGAUUCUCAAACUCAAAGCCUCUGCAUGAGAACUCUGCCCACUCUUGGAAUAUCAGGACAGUCUCCAAUAAUGUAAUUUUAUGGGAAAAUUUGUUCUUUUGAAUACACUAGUUUGGACUGUAGAGUUAUUGAUUGCAAAUGUGAAUGCUUUAAUCACCUCCCAGCCAGCUAGGAACAAUCCUAUUGCCCAGCAGCAUGGGAAGACCAAUACUUGGUCAGCAGAAGCUGCUACCCACCAAAUGAGCUACAACUGGGGAUCCCAUACAAAGCCCACUGAUGUCAGUGGGGGGGGGGUCUUUCCUUUGGUUUCGCUGGGUUUUGGAUCAGGGCUCUGAUGCACUCAUUUGGUGGUGUAUCCAACUGGACGAUGAAAAUGAGAACCAUCCUCUGUCCUCAGUUGCCUUGUAAAUGCCACCAAUCAGCCUAAGAAAUAUUGCACUGAUGUGCUGAACCAGCUAUUUUCUAACUCCCUUCACUGACUCUGCUUAAUCCAAUACUACAAUUAAAUGAUGAGUGCACAAGAGUGCAAUGUAUGUACCAUAUUGGAGUAGGGGGCUUUUGAUGAGCAUUUACAAGGUUCAUUGUGAACAAGUGUUGUUUUCAGCGCUCGUCUGGGCUCGCUCGUCAGUAAGAGUACCAGGUUUUUUAAAGUAUAAAUCAGAUUCAAUCAGGGGCAAGUCUUUCCACCCUCCCAUCCCUCUCAAAGCCUUUCAAAAAUGUAAGAAUUGACUUUGCCAUCUUUCCCAGUACUGUCUGAAUAGAAGCAGUGCUGUGCACUGUAUUUUGCCAUUGUGUCUUAGCAGAGAUGACACGCAGAAUAUCAAACUAUUUCUCUUUUCCUUCCCCAGGCUGACGUAUGUGUGCACACACCUUCUUGGGCACCCAAACAAUAGGAUAAUAUACAGAUCAGUUGCCCCUUAAAUUCUCUCUCACGGGUGAUUCCUGAGGAAGUUAGAGGGUGUCAGUAAGUUAUCAACUAACAAGUGGCUCUUGAACAGUUCACAUGGUGAUCUGCCAAGCUAUUUUAAAAAGGUGAUCAUUAAGCCACCAGGAUUUAAAGAUACAUUGCUCCUAUGGAGUUACUACACUGUCCUGUAGCUCUGGCAGAACAACAAAGUGGGAUAGCUGUAUUAUUUGUUGGCUAACCAUAUUUGGGAAUAGAAGAUGGAUGUUUUUACAGGGAACUGGUUCUAGCUGCUGUGUUUUGUUAAUGUAUUUGUGACCAUUAUAUUGAAAAAUAAAAUAU